AUGAAUCUAGGAAAAAACCCACGAAAUGAAAAUGUUAGGACAGUGAAUGCAUUAAGGAGUGGUAAGAUCUUACCUGAUCCUUAUCCCCAAACACUAGAAGAAAAAGAAAACGUGGACAAACCAAAACAAAAUCAAAUAGGAGUAGAAGAGGAUUUUAUAGAUUCUACCCAGGAAAUUUCGGAAGAGAGGACAACCAUUCCAUUUCCUAAAGCUCUAGAGCCUAGACAAAGAAAGAAAAAGGAACACAAUGAAGAAAUAAAGAAAAUUUUACAAGAUGUGCAAAUUAGUCUUCCUUUACUCACUGCCAUUGAACAUAUUCCUGAAUAUGCUAGAGUUUUGAAAGAAAUGUGUACACCAAAAAGGGCACCUAGAGUAGAAAAAUUAUCUAUGCAUGCUAAUGCAUUAUUAUUAAAUCAAUUACCAUAUAAAUUGAGAGAUACAGGUGCCCCUUUAAUUUCGUGUGAUAUUGGUGGAUUCAUUUUUCAGAAUGCCUUACUUGACACCGGUGCUAGUAUUAAUUUAUUACCUACAAGUAUUUGUGAUAAAUUUAAUAUUUCUAAUCUUAAACCUUCUACUGUUACCUUACAAUUUGCUGAUAGAUCCAUAAAACAUCCUAAAAGUAUUUUAGAAAAUGUGAUAGUGACAGUUAAAGGAUGUAAAUUUCCAGCUGAUUUUGUAGUGCUAGAAAUGGAUUUUAAUGGACAGUUUUAUGAUAUGCCAAUCAUCCUAGGGAGACCAUUUUUGCAUACAGCAAAGAUGAAUAUUGAUUUUCCCACAGGUAUUGCGAAAAUUUCAUGUGGAGAUCAAUCAGUAGAAAUUAAAAUUUUUGAGGUACCAAAUGAUCUUAAGAAAUCACAAGUAUAUGAUUGUCAUACCAUAGAUCUUCUAGAUGAUUUUGAUGAUCCAGAUGUUAUUGAUGACUGUGUGCUGGAAGAAUUAGAGGAAAUAGAGAAUAUAAAUUUGGGAGAAAAGAAAGAGGAAGAUCAUCUGAAUUUAGAGUUGAAACCUCUUCCCUCUAGUUUAAAAUAUAUGUUUUUGGAGGAAAAUAAUUCAUUUCUUGUUAUUAUUGCAGCUGAUUUGAGUGAUGAACAGGAAGAAGAAUUAUUAGAUGUACUUCGAAAAAAUAAGAAGGCUAUGGGCUGGAAAAUGAACGAUCUAAGGGGCAUUGAUAUGAGUGUAUGCAUGCAUAGUAUAUAUCUAGAGGAGGGGGCCAGAACUAGCAGGGAACCACAACGAAGAUUAAAUCCUAACAUGAUGGAAAUUGUAAAAAAAGAAAUUUUAAAGUGGCUGGCUGCUGAUAUUAUUUAUCCUAUUUUAGAUAGCAAAUGGGUUAGUCCUACACAAGUAGUGCCAAAAAAAUCAGGGAUCAUGGUUAUAAAAAACGAAAAUGGGGAUGAAAUACAAACAAGAUUAACUACCGGUUGGAGGGUUUGCAUUGAUUAUAGAAAAUUAAAUUCAGUUACUAGAAAAGAUCAUUUUCCCCUACCAUUUACUGAUCAAAUUCUAGAAAAAUUAGCUGGAAAAAACUUUUUUUGUUUUCUAGAUGGAUACUCUGGUUAUAAUCAAAUUUAUAUAAACCCUUUAGAUCAAGAAAAAAUAACUUUCACUUGUCCAUUUGGUACUUUUGCUUUUAAACGCAUGCCUUUUGGUCUGUGUAAUGCUCCAGCCACAUUUCAAAGAUGUAUGCUGUCUAUUUUUUCUGAUAUGAUUGGAAAAUGCAUGGAAAUUUUUAUGGACGAUUUUUCUAUUUUUGGUGAAUCAUUUGAUGAAUGCUUAAAUCAUUUACAGCAUGUACUUGAGAAAUGCAUAGAGAAAAAAUUAGUUUUGAGUUGGGAGAAAUCACAUUUUAUGGUUAAAGAAGGAGUUGUGUUGGGUCAUAUUGUGAGUAAAAGGGGUUUAGAGGUGGAUAGAGCAAAAAUUGAUAUUAUAUCUAAAAUGAAACCUCCAAAUUCAGUAAAACAGAUUAGAUCUUUCUUGGGUCAUGCAGGUUAUUACAGAAAAUUUAUUCAAGAUUUUUUGA